GUUCUGUUUUUCAUAAGUAAUUAUCCACUACUUAUUUCUUCAGUUCUAAGUUCUCUUUCUGACACACACAGAGGAAGUGAUGUUGAUCAAUUGUAGAACCAAGUUGGAUAUAGUCAUUGAAACCUUGUUGAUUCCACAUGAUGGCUGGUAAAUAUAGUAUCAUCUAAAAGCAUUGAAUCUCGGAACUCAAUACAAUAUGUUUCUAACAACCACACCUUCUCCGGCGGUGGCUGACUACGUGCAACCGACCAACCAUCACCGGCGUCUCCUUCAGUUGUUGGACCAAUGCACCUCCAUGUCUCGGCUCAAGCAAAUUCACGCCCACACGCUUCGUACUACCUCUACUGCUCACCCACAUACCCUUUUUGUCCAUAGUAGGAUUCUCCAUUUUGCAUCUCUACACGACCUCAACUAUGCUUUCCGUUUCUUCCAUACUCAUAUUGAAAAGCCUAAUUCUUUUGCUUGGAACACUAUUAUAAGAGCUUGUUCUAAAAGUAGCCAUAGAAAGCACGAAGCCAUUUUACUCUACCUUAAGAUGUUAUGUGAAGGGGAUGUUGCCCCGGAUAAGCACACGUUCCCUUUUGUGCUUAAGGCUUGUGCGUAUUUGUUUGCUAUUUCUGAGGGAAAACAAUUGCAUGCGCAUAUUGUCAAAUUUGGGCUUGCCUCAGAUGUAUAUAUUAAUAAUAGUUUGAUUCAUUUGUACGGGUCGUGUGGGAGUUUGGAGGAUGCGCGGGAUGUAUUUGAUGAAAUGCCUGAAAGAAGUGUCGUUUCGUGGAACGUCAUGAUUGAUACUCUUGUUCAGUUGAAUGAGUUUGAUGAUGCGUUGAUGUGUUUUCGUGAGAUGCAGCAAACUUUCACCCCAGAUAGUUUUGCAAUUCAGAGCAUCUUACGGGCUUGUGCUGGCUUGGGGGCGUUAUCUCUAGGGAUGUGGGCUCAUGCGUAUAUCUUAAGGAGCUGCAGCUCAGAAAUGGCUGAUGAUGUUUUGGUGAAUAAUUGUUUGCUAGAUAUGUAUUGUAAAUGUGGAACAUUAGAAACUGCUAACUUGGUAUUUAAAAGAAUGAGAAAACGUGACGUGACAUCAUGGAACUCUAUGAUUAUUGGAUUCGCAAUGCACGGGCAGGUAAUGAAAGCUUUAGAAUAUUUUAGACAGAUGGUGGAUGAAGGAGGGAUAAAGCCCAAUUCCAUUACAUUCAGCGGGGUCUUAAGUGCUUGCAGGCACAGUGGCAUGGUCAACGAGGGUCGAAACUAUUUCACCAUUAUGGCAACAAGUUAUGGCAUUGAACCAGUUUUGGAGCAUUAUGGGUGUUUGGUUGACCUCCUGGCUAGAGCCGGGCUCAUUGCAGAGGCACUAGAUACUGUGUCCAACAUGCCCAUUAAACCAGAUGUGGUAAUCUGGAGGAGCAUUCUUGAUGCUUGCUCAAAGAAGACCAUGGGAAUAGAGAUUAGUGAAGAAAUGGCUAAAAAGAUUAUGGAGUCGGAAGAAGGGAGUAACUUUAGUGGUGUGUAUGUUCUUUUGUCCCGAGUUUAUGCAGUGGCUCGUAAGUGGAACGAGGUUGGUUCUGUCAGAAAGCUAAUGAUGGAUAAGGGUGUAACCAAGGAGCCUGGCUGCAGUACCAUUGAGAUAGAUGGUGUGGCUCAUGAGUUCUUUGCAGGUGCAUUUGCAAAAUAAAAACACAAGUGCAGGUCUGGGCUGAGAUCACAUCACAAUUUUAUCAUCAACAAAAGGACAGAGGAAAGAUUAUGUCGGGUCCCAGUUUUAAUGUUCGAUGUCUAGGUGUUUAUGGGAAUCUGUGAUGAUAUUGAAGUAUGAAUGUUUUAUGACGUCGAAUGGAUUAUUUGUAAAAGAAAAAAAAUGUAUUAUAACUUAAAGACAAAAACUUGGAUUAUCUGUAAAAGAUCUUGAGGCCUCGAGAUGUGUA